AUGAACUUUCUUCUGUUGAUUCUGGCCCUGCAGGUUUCUACAUAUGAAGCCAUGCCCAUGAGUAAUCAAACAGACCGAGAGGAAAAUGAAAUGGAAUAUGCUAAGAGGUACUUGGCCCAGUUCUAUGGCUUUACAGACGGAAUUCCAGUGACAAGAAUGAAACACAAUGGAAACUUCCUGGAAGAAAAAAUUCAGGAAAUGCAGCAGUUCUUAGGGCUAGAGGUGACAGGAAAACUAGACACACCUACCCUGGAGAUGAUGCACACUCCUCGGUGUGGAGUCCCAGACGUUCACCAUCUCAGAGCAGUGCCACGGAGGUCAAUAUGGAAGAGACAUAACCUUACCUACAGGAUCAAUAACUACACUCCUGACAUGAAGCGUGCAGAUGUUGACUAUAUCAUUCAGAAAGCUUUUCAAGUAUGGAGUGAUGUAACUCCCCUGAAAUUCAGAAAGGUUAAUGUAGGCGAGGCUGACAUUAUGAUACGUUUUGCAUAUGGAGAUCAUGGGGACUACAGUUCUUUUGAUGGUAGAGAUGGAAUCUUAGCCCAUGCUUUUGAACCUGGACCCGGCAUUGGAGGAGAUACACAUUUUGAUGAGGCAGAAACCUGGAGUAAAAGUUCUCAGGGCAAAAACUUGUUCCUUGUCGCUGUUCAUGAGCUUGGCCAUUCCUUGGGACUUGGGCAUUCCAGUAACAGGAAGGCCAUAAUGUUCCCCAACUAUGGUUAUAUAGAUCCCAAGAAAUUUCACCUCUCCACUGAUGACAUUCGUGGCAUUCAGUCCCUCUAUGGAGUCCCCGAUAAACAAGGACCUGUGGCAAAACCCCAUAAGCCAGAAUCAGCUGUCUGUGACCUCGGCUUGAGCUUUGAUGCUGUCACAACAGUGGAAGACAAAAUCUUUUUCUUUAAAGACAAGUACUUCUGGUGGAAACUUCCUGAGAGCUCAACCACUACUGUUGCUUUAAUUUCUUCUUUGUGGCCAACUAUACCAUCUGGCAUAGAAGCUGCUUAUGAAGUUGAAGGCAGAAAUCAACUUUUCCUUUUUAAGGGUGACAGGUACUGGUUAAUAAGCAAUUCAGCACCACAACCAUCCUAUCCCAGGAGCAUCUCUUCCCUGGGCUUCCCCAAGUCUGUGAAAAAUAUUGAUGCAGCUGUUUUCAACCCAUCUCUUUAUAAGGCCUACUUCUUUGUAGAUAAGCAAUAUUGGAGGUAUGACGUGAGAAGACAGACCAUGGACCCUGCUUAUCCCAAACUCAUUUCCACAUACUUCUUAGGAAUCAGACCUAAAAUUGAUGCAGUCUUCUAUUUCAAAAGACACUACUAUUUCUUCCAAGGAUCAACCCAAUUUGAAUAUGAUGUCUUAUCACAUCGGGUCACCAAAACCCUGAAAAGCACUAGCUGGUUUGGUUGCUAGGAAUGAUGCAAUUCAUGA